AUGGCUGGACACAUCGCAGCUGGAGGGGUGGGCAAAGGUGGCGAAAGAGGAGAGGAGCCGGAUCGCUUGCAGGGUGGGCAGCAACAGUCCAUGCACGGCGCUGGCCACUGCAAGUGGUUCAAUGUGCGGAUGGGCUUCGGGUUUAUAUCCAUGACUAGUCGUGGGGGAACUCCCGUAGAUCCUGCUAUGGAUGUAUUUGUUCACCAAAGCAAACUGCACAUGGAGGGCUUCCGCAGCCUGCGGGAGGGAGAGCCACUAGAGUUCACCUUCCAGAGGUCCCCCAGGGGCCUGGAGUCUGUACGGGUCACGGGCCCCGAGGGAGGCCCCUGCUCGGGCAGUGAGUGGAGGCAGAAACCCAAGCCCCCGGCCCAACCGCAGAAAUGGAAGUCAAAGGGAGGCCGAUGCUAUAACUGUGGAGGACUAGACCACCAUGCCAAAGAGUGUGGCCUGCCGCCCCAGCCAAAGAAGUGCCACUACUGCCAAAGCGCGAUGCACAUGGUGGCCCACUGUCCUCACCGCCCCCCCGGCCCCUUAUCUCCCGGCCAGGCCGCAGCCACUCAGGGAAGGCACACUACUGUGGACCAGUACCCCACUACCUCCUCCACCACCUCCUACAGCCCCAGUCUCAGGCAUGGAAACAGGCACUCCCAGCCCUCUCAGGACAGUUCCUCCCCCCUCAGCAAGUCCUCCAGCAAGUCCUCCAGCUCUCCGGAAGACCUGGCACAGUACCUGGGGAGAUCUGGAGGGCACCACAGGUGGAAACAAUCCUGAUCCACAGCCAUCAUGGACGGAUGCCACCUCUUAGUAUUACCUCUGGUCCAAUAAAACCACCUUCCUUCAGUCUGAUCAGUCUCCUCCUCACACAGACACAUCCUUAGCUAUCUCCUGAGCAACCUCAAGCAGAUCCACAUUUCUAACCAAAUGGACAGUCAAGUAUCUAUUUUACUUCCCCAAUCCCUCCCCGACUCUCCCUCUACCAAACUGUGUAAAUCUUAGCUACCUCCUGGGCCAACUCAAUCCAUCUCACAUAGAUAGACCUAUAAUCUUAGCUACCUCCUGGGCCAACUCAAUCCAUCUCCACAUAGAUAGACCUAUAAUCUUAGCUACCUCCUGGGCCAACUCAAUCCAUCUCCCCUACCAAGCUGUACCAUGAUAGCACCAUUGGAUCCAAGGGUAAAGCUUCAGCCUCAUCUACCUCAGACUGGUAGCACAAGGAUGGUCAGUCACUCUUGUGUUUCCAUCGCUGAGUCAGAUCAAAGUCAUGGACAUCCGCUCUAUUAUCUGUUGCAAUAAGAAGACAACUGGGAAUGAGACUGACACACAAACAACCAAAGCAAUCUUUUUCUUUCUUUUUUGAUCAUUUUCCUCAUCUGAACUCUAUUGUCCCAAAGCUCAGUCUACUCAAAUUCACCAUUCACCUGGAUUCACCAUUCACGUGAUCCAACAGGAAGUAUUUCUCAGAUCUUUCUCUAUUUUGGAGAACUACACAGGGCGGUAAUGAGCCUUUGUUUUCUCUGUGCAUUUUUCAUCGGUCGCCAAAGACACCCAAACAUACCUAUUAGGCUCGGUUUGCCGGACACAGAUUAAGUCUAGUCUUAGACUAAAACGCCCUUUCAAUGGAGAAUCGUGAUAAGUCAUUGAACGUGCUUUUUAGUCCAGGACUAGACUAGAUCUGUGUCUGGGAAACUGUUUCUGACUAAACCAAUGCUAAUAUGAUAAUUUGUCUGUUCAGGGCAAUGAAGAAGUAGCAUAAAGUGCCUCCUCAUAUGGCCUCAUUCAUCCUCAUCAAUAAGAAUACUGAAUGUAAAUAUUAAGAUGUAUGUUGAAUGCAUUUAUAAGGACACAUGGUUUAUGUUUUUUUAACUUUACUCACACAACAUCAAGACCAUACAGUACUCACUCUCCCACAGGGUACGGCUACACUGACUGACUGUGAAAGGUGUCAGCGGAGCAGUCACUUCUUAAUGUGUGUUGACAAAUCAAACUUAAUCUAAUCAAAUGACCUUAGUAGGAAGUGUAAGAUGACAAAUAAUCAAUGAGGUGAAAUGUUUGCCUUCAAUCCUUUGAUUACUGUGUGACUGAAGGGCAUAAUACUGCAUGAAACAAAGCACUGGGGCCUCCCAAGUGGCUCAGCGGUCUAACCAACGCUUUGAACAAACCGACUGUGUUAUUGCGUUUUGGUACACCAGAAGUACAUUCAUUUCCAAUGGAACGCUGCGUUUGCCUUGC